AUGGGUUUGGUUGUGUCAGGUCCAAACUUUUCAGAUGGUUGUAUAAGUCCAGGAAUUAAGGAACCUCUAAUGGAUAGUUUGGAUUCAGCUACUAAUGUGGAAAUGGUCGACAUAAAAUAUCCAGAAUUUUCAGGGUCUUCUAAGGGCAAUGAUUUUAAUGCUGCAGAUGUGAGUCAACAGUUAAUUGUCAAGUCAAGAGAUGAUGGUCAAAUGCAUGAUCCUAAUAUUUUGCGAAGUGAAAGGGUUGAAGAUGGUCCACUAUCAAGUUCCAUUACAAAUUUAAGGACUGAAGAAUCGACUUUUGCACAUAGUGAUGAUUGCUUUGCUUUGUCAAGUGACUCAAAUCCCAGAAAAGCUGAAGCCACAUCUGAUGUGUUGCUAGAUAAUAAGAUCUAUGCUGGAGAAAAUGUGAAGGAUUGCAGUUUGACAUCUGUUGCAAAAGAGACUAAUUUGAAAGGAAAGGAUGAGAUUAAAUCAGAUAGAGACAUGGUUGAGAUUGUGGUCUCUUCCCAUAACACUGUAGUUGAAACAUGCGAGGGAGGGCCUAAAAUAGCAGUUAGAGAUGAGGUUAACUCAGAUUGUCAAGUGGCUGGUGGAGCUUUUAAUCUGAAGGAAAUGAACAAUGCUGAGUUCCUUUCUGAGAUUCCCCAAGAUGAUCUUCCUCUUGAAGUAAAUUCUACUGCAAGCACAGACACUUCCACAAAUGGCGUUCAGGGAGAGUCUGCACAUAUGAGACAGUUUCCUACUAGUGAUGUCAAGAAGUUACAGGAAUGGAGAGAAGGAAAUGUUGAUAUGUUUACACUUUCUUCAUGUAAUGUUGGACCUGAUGUAGCACAUCCUCAGAAUGAGUAUGAAGAUUUUAAAGAUCAUGAAGGAGUGUCAUCACAAAAUUCUUUGAGCCUACGUUCAUCCGAAGCAUCGAAACAAAAGCGAGAUGACUUAAAGGAUUCUGUUUCUGAAGAAAAUAAUUUUCUUAUCAACCAAAGCCAAUUGAGUGAAAAAAGAGAGCUCCUCUCUCCAGAUGUGCAGGUUUUGCAUGGUAGCAUGAAGGAGCAGGCCAACUGUGAGGUUGUGGCUGAAAAAAUGCAUGCUGAAGAGAGCAUUGAAAUUUCUUCCGUCAAGUUCAUGGUUGAAAGUGAUAAAAGAUUAGAUGAAAUUGGAGCGUCUAUUAAUGCUAUGAAAACCGAGAUAAAUGAGAGCUAUAUGGUUCCCUUUUCUGAAGAAAUAAAUGAUGUAGCUGUAGAUGGCAAGUGCAGAGGAUCUAGUAUUGAAAAUGAUAUUGGAAUCAGCAUGAAAACUCUUCAAACCAGUAGUAACCUGCAUUUGGAAGUCAAGCCAUCAAGUGGUUUAUAUAAGAGUGAUGAUGCUGUUGAAAUGGAUAAAAUUGAAAAAUGUGAUAAAACUGAUGCUCAAUCUCCGGAAAGGCCCACUGUAAAAGAUACUUCAUUGCCUAAAUAUGCUAGCAGUGCUCAGGAAGACAUCAAAGAUGAUGAAAUCAAUAGCAAUGACAGAGUAAAUGAAGAAUGUAAUAGAUUUGUUGGUACUUGUUCUGAUUCACAUCAAGUACAAGAUGCAGAACUAUUAGUGAAGGCUGCAGAAGAACUUGAUACUCAAGAUGAAGAGCCUGACAGGGAAGCGUCUGGAAUUACUGAUGUGCCUGUUCAAGAUCAAAGUGGUACUAACGAGUUUAAACUAGCUUCAUCUGAAAUUUACACACCAGUUGACUCUAGUAGCAGGUGUGACAGUUUGGAAGGAAACUGGGGCUCAGUUUCAGUUUCAGCGGUCUCCAUGCAAUCUGAUGUACAAGCUAAUAUUGAUGCGGAAGGUUUACCAUCAACUGAUUUGCUGGCAACAACAGAUGCAGGGAAAUCCAACUUGAAGGACCCAAAGGCUGCAUCUGAGAGACAGCAAUUUGAAAAGCCAGAAAUGUUUGAACCGCCAUCUUUCAUGACAUUGGUUGAACCUGGACAUGUGGUUGGUCAAAAUACUACUGCAUCUGAAGUUGGGAAUGGACUUAACCAACAACAUACCAGUUCUACCACUUCACAGGUUGGUUGGUUUCCCAUUCUAACUCAAGUUACUAAUGAGUCUCAAGGGAGAAAAAGGAAUGAAGAAAUAAUAGCCAAGGUAACAAACUGGAGCAACAAUAAGCAGCACACAUCUCUAAAGAGUGCAUUGGCUGAAGCUUCCCAUAGCAACAAGCCAAAGUCUACAAAAUUGGAAGAGAAUUCAGUGAAUCAGAAAAAUGGUAAAGCACCGGAAGAUAAUGAUUCUGGAUUGAGAACUGUUAACUCCAUUCCGGGUCCUGAAUCACCUGCUGCUCAAACUGUGAAAGAAGAGGGUGGAAAAGAAUGGAACUCCCCAGCAAGAUACCCUGCUGACAUCAAGAGAGAAAAGAAGAAAGCCAAGAGCAGACCAUACUGGAUACAAUUUGUAUGCUGCUCAUCUGUGGAUACUCAGAGAAGGUAGAAGAUUGAUGGAUAUGUGGUGAUAACUUCUCGUUGCUCUCCACUCUGAUUAUGGUUGUUGACAUGCUGCCAUAGAUUUUAGGUACAUAUUUUGAUCAUUUGUCUUCUCUUGGUCUUUCUAAUCCUAGCCUCUCAAGAGUCUAGUUGUAUACAUACUUUGAGGAUCUUCAGUUAUUAUUUUACGUGUGAUAUCUUACUGCAUAUCGUUUAACAUUUCAAUUAUUAUGGCCUCGGUCCCAAUC